UGUUCACUGGCAAUAAUGGCAACCUUAUUCGUCUACUCGACAUGCAACAGUGCGACAUACAACGCGUGGAUCCGUCUUCUUUUGAUCAGGCGCACGAGCUAAAAGAGUUGCAUCUUCCCCGGAACCGUAUCUCGAGACUACCGAACCACUUGUUCCUCAACGCAAGCAAACUCGAGAGAAUCGAUUUCGGAUGGAAUCGCAUCGUCGAAGUUGAGGAACAGGCCUUUCAAGGUCUCACAGAACUCGUAACGCUCCAAUUAUCACGCAAUCACAUCAAGAUGCUGCCUGCCAAACUGUUCGCUGGAAUGAAGCACCUCACGAAUCUGAACAUCGAUCAUAAUCGUAUCGAGUUGCUGGCUGAUCGUUCGUUCGAGGAUCUGUCGUCGUUGAAGGAACUUUAUCUUAGUUACAACUUUCUCCAGAACCUCACCGACAGUUCAUUCGUUGGCUUAACGGCACUUAGAACGUUGGAACUACGAUCGAACCGAAUUGCCACCAUCGAACGCAACACAUUCACUCCACUGAAGAAUCUGAUUCAUCUGCGGUUGCAGGAUAACAUGUUGCAAACGAUCGCACCGAAAGUGUUCGUUCCGUUGAGCAAGCUUAAGGAACUCGAUCUCGAGCGGAAUGUGUUGGAAACAUUGUCAGAGAUACUGUUUGACCAUAAUAGAGAGCUAGAGAUACUACGGUUGACGAAGAAUAGAAUCGCUUCUUUGGAUGAAACUAUUUUCGAUAGGUUGACCCUUCUGAAGGAAUUGUUGGUGGGAGAUCAAUUGAUUGGAUAUUUUGAUGCGGAAAUGUUUAAGAACCUCGGCAAGCUGGAAAUGCUUAACCUAAGCGGAAAUUUGAUAACUGACUUCGGGAUGAUCGAAGAGAUGGAAAUAUUGUUUGGGGUUCUGUCGCUGUCCAAUCAAAAACAUUACGUACCAUCAUAUUCAUCAAUCCAGACGAAGAAUCGCUCACUUUCGACGCUGAUAUUGGAUAACAACGUUAGGCAGAAGUUUGAUCCCGCAACACUCAUAAAAACAGCCAAGCUGCGACACCUUUAUAUGAACGAUAACGAACUAAAAGCAUCGGACAUUCCCUCCUGCGUCAAUAUGCUUGCCGUUACGGAUGUUUGGUUGGAGCGGAACAUGAUUGAGUACCUGGAUAAGAAUAUGUUUUCCGAUUGCCGUAACGUGAAGCUACUCUCUUUCCGGUCUAAUGAAAUACGAAAGAUCGAGCCCGGUUCGUUCGACGUCAUGAACAGCACGCUGGAACAGAUUGACCUUAGCCACAACUUCCUCAACAACAUCUCGAACGUUUUGUCCAAUCUGAGUUCUCUCAGUUUCGUCGAUCUUUCCGACAAUCGUCUGCGUUCGCUAAAGGAUGAUGCAUUCGCUGGAUCGGACGCUCUAACGCAGAUAAAACUAGAUAACAACUUCAUGCAGGACAUUCCGGCAGCGCUAGCCAAAUUACCCAAACUGGCCAAACUGUCACUGGUUGGAAAUAGGAUCAAAUCGACGGUAUCCCCGGGCGCUAAUGGGUUCAUUGCUCUGGUUCAACUUGAUCUGGCGAAUAACUUGAUUAAUACACUUCAGGUUAAACAGUUCCCGAUGUUGAUGGAACUGAACAUUGAAAACAAUCUACUAGAGAGCAUUCCCGAUGAUGCGUUCGAGACGAAUGUCAACUUGAAAACACUGUAUUUGGCCAACAAUAGGAUCACCGGACCGCUAGACCGUUGCUUGCUUCCAGUGCGUCAACUAACAAUGCUGCAGCUUGAUAAUAAUCCCCUUGGUCGUAUUUCCGCCGAUAUGUUCAGCAGUCUAAACCAGUUGGAGACACUUAAACUGAAGAACACAAGCCUUACGAAUCUGAAUAGUAGUCCCUUCGCUUCGUUGAAAAAACUAAACAUACUCGAUUUAUCCGAGAAUCAAAUCAGUACCAUUGGAUUAGAGGAAGUACAAGGACUCAAUGCUGUAAGUGAGCUGUAUCUUAACAACAACGACUUCACCGGGGCCAACCUGAGUGGUUUGUCUGUGCUAGAUGACGUUAAGCUGUUAUCACUUUCGAACAGCAAUUUGACUCCAUCGGAAGAUUUGUUGGCCAACAAGACGAAGCUGGAAGAGUUUUACAUUGAAGGAGCGCAGUUCAACGUUCUCCCAAGUGACUUUUUCCUUUACGUCGGUAAACUAUCCAUCCUGUCUAUUUCGGACAACAAGCAGUUCAACCGACUUCCUAGCACCUUCUUCCAGCAUAUACCCUACUUGAAAAAACUAACGCUAGUGAACAACAGUUUGUCGACGUUAGAGCAAGGAGUAUACGAUUAUUUAGGGGUUCUAGAAGAGUUGUACCUAAGAAACAAUCCACUGCGAACGCUCCAGCCAGACGUGUUCGCCAAGACAUACAGUCUCGAAAUGCUGGACAUUUCGUGUACCAACCUGACUGUCCUACCAGCUGGGUUAUUCAAUUCACUUAACCGUCUCAAGAAGCUUGAUCUGAGCACUAAUCACCUAUCGAAUGAGUUAUCAGAUGGUAUCUUUCAGGGAUUGUAUUCACUAGAGAUACUGCUGCUACAAGACAACGGUAUAGGCAACCUUUCGUCCGGCGUUUUCGAUGGUUUAAUUAGUUUAGAGGAAGUUUACUUAGGACGCAAUCAGCUGAGCUUCCUCGACAAUCGUUUAUUCGCCAACAUGCAUCGUAUGAGGAUACUCGAUUUAUCGGAUAACCAAUUCUCCACCUUCGAUCUGCCCGCUCUGUUCUCCGAGAGACAACUUUUUGCGUUGAAUAUGAAUAGCAACCGGUUGACGACGAUCAAAAUUACAUCAAAACUGCACAGGCUAUCAGUAGAUAACAACGAGCUGAGCGCAAUCGAGCUUGAUGAGGAGAGUAUGUUUAGUUUCCUUAUCCAGAUUUCCGCCUCCCGUAAUCGAUUCACGACCCUGGAAAGUUUUUACCAGUUUACCUUUUUCUUUUUGGAGCUGGAUGUGUCGUUUAAUCGAUUUGAAACAUUCGAUUUGAAGCAAUUGACAAGCCAAUUGGUUGGCCUAAUGGUAGUGAACGCAUCCGAUAGUUAUGUGAACAAUAUUACGGUACCACUUAUCAUUGAUAAUGAGUCACCCCUUGUUCAUCUGGAUGUUUCCAAUAAUAAUAUUACCGGCAUGACGGAGUUAGGUAGUCUGCAGCUUCCCUCACUGCAUAAUUUUGUCUUUGGUGGCAAUCAGAUCGAUAGCUUUUCGCUGGAGGAUUUAACCAAACAAUACACUAAGCUGCGGACGAUCGGUCUCGACGGUAAUCGAGGCAACUGGAGCUGCGACUUCCUUCACGGGCUGGAUCUGGAUCGUUUCAAUCUUAAACUGUGGCAUAAAUCGGAGCAGGAAGGGAAACAACACCAUUGUCCGAAACAAGAGAAAGGUAUCUGCUGCGUUUGAUAGGAGAGAGGCAAUGAUUGGCAAUGAUUCAGGCAAUGAUUGGAACAGCAAAUGGA